AUGGCCCAAGCAGCAGUGACGGCAAUGGCUCGAAGCCUCCAGCACAUGGCAGAGCAAGCGCCCACCGAUCGCGCAGAGCACAUGCGUUCGCUGGUCACGCUUCUGGCGUCCACCCCUGUCGAGCCAGAAGAGGUGGACCAAGUUGCCGCCGAGCUUUCGACGGACCCUCUGGGCUUUUCGGCGGAGGAGCGGGAUAUGAUACUUCAGGCCAUACGAACUCGCGAGGCCGCAGCGCCGAAGACCCGCAGGGCGGCGCAGGACUAUAGCCGACUGGAUCGUUUCCUCUUCGCAUCGGACUGGCAAGCGCUGCGGAACAUGGCAUCUGCGCGGUCUAGGGCAGAGCACAUGUUGACGCGCGCCUUUUUUUUGGGCUUGCGCACACCGAGCGAGGGGACUUUUGGAUACCUGUCCGCAACGCUUGGCUUGCUGGAAGGCAACGCAGAUGCGUACAAUAUGCACCUGCAUGUGCAAACUUUGAAGCAGUGUUGGUCCAAGAUCAAAAAACAGCUUCAAAGGCAUCACCAUGAGCCAGCAACGUGGCUCACCGGUCUGCCAGGCCUCCUCGGCCGGCCGGGCGACCAUUCUCUGAAGGACAGCUUGUGCGCAGCCCGCGUGCCACUACGAUCCACGCAUCAGACCGUGCAGCUGGAGCAGCAAGGGGUGGCGCCAGUGCAGGCUGGGCUGCAGGCUUUGGUUAGCGCGCUGACAGGCUAUAGUAGCGGCCACACGCAGUCGCCCCCUUUGCUGCGCAACCUGCAGAUUUUUUCGAACGCUGGAGCAGUGGCAGGGCCAAGCGUGCCGCGAAGGGCGACCACGGAAAGCUUGGCGCUGACGGACAGUCAGCGCACGUUAUGUUCAAGCUCCCGCUUGGGCCUUGGCCAAGAGUUGGAAGGGCCGGCGACACAGCCCGCACCGAGCCCUCAGCCGCUGGCUAUCAGCCUCAGCGCGCCAUCAGCGCAGGAAGCUAAACAGGCAGGCCCUGUCGAGGGCGCAGCAGAGAUAGCCCUAUGCAGCGCUGAGGCAUCGGCCGAAGACCAGGUUCAUGAAAUGGAAGCCGCCCUGCGCAAGAAGGCAGGCUUGCCUGCCACAAGUCGCAAGAAUAAAGCCGACCCAGAGCAAGGGCUGCAGGGUCGUGGGAUGACGCGACCAGCGGCGAAGCACGAGCUGAAACGCCCGGCAGCCAAGCUGGAGCUGAAGCGCCCGGCGGCGAGCCACGACCCGAAUCACCAGGAAGCAAGCCGCGGCAUGAAACGCCCAGCGGCGAGGGAGGCGAAGGACGUAAGCGCUAACUUGAAGCGUCCGGCUGCAAAGGCGAAGGCUGAGUCUAAGCCGCCGUCCGCCGGUCGCGGCUUGCCCGAGAUCACGGAACGGCAGUGCUUGCUCCGCAAGCCGGAGGGCUGCGGCGGAUGUCGAGCUGGCCUUUGGUCGCCGUCCUUGCGCCGGCUGGCGGACGCGCUGGCUUCGGUCGCCGUCCGAGGCCCCGUGGCGCCCGCUGUGCUGGGCGAAGACACCGCCGGCGAGGAGGCUGACGCGGCUGGCCUCGCGGCGGUGCCGGAAGCUGGCGUCACAGCUCCGGCGAAUUCGGAGAAGCGCGAAGAUCUCCUGGCGCCGGUCGAGGGGGGAGUUUCGCCGCUGACCCCGCCGCGCUCGGAGGGGGGGAAAGAAAGCUCGAGGCCGGGCGUGGUCUUGACUCCCGCGCUAGGGAGUGAGAGGCCCUCUGAGCCUAAGGGGGCGCCCGCCACCCCGGAGGAGAGGGAGAGGAAGGCUCGGGAGCUUCGCCAGAAGCUGGACUCCCAGAGGCGCAGGUCGACGCCCUCGAUCGAGCCGGAGGAGAGCGAGGCGCGCGCGCCCCGCAAAAGGGUGAGGCCCGCGCGCAAUCGGCAGGGAAGGACUUUUGUCUGUGGGCGCUGCCACGGCAAGAUCUUUUCUGCGGCGCACAGCUAUAGGGAUCACCGCCGAGGGGCCCACUGCUUGACAUGGGCUCAGUGGCAGCGCGGGGUGCGACCCUGGAAGAGAUGCCAGGAGGCGGCUGCGCACGCGCGCGAGCGUUGGCUCCAGGGCGAUAUGGCGGACUCGCCGGUCCCGGAGGAGCUGCGCGCUGAGGGGUAUGAGCCGACCUCUGAGGAGGCUCCCCCGCCGAAGAGGGAGAAGAAAGAAAAGAAGGAGAAGAAAGAAAAGAAGGAGAAGAAAGAAAAGAAGGAGAAGAAAGAAAAGAAGGAGAAGAAAGAAAAGAAGCGGGAGCUCACGCCGCGCGUCAAGGAAGAGCUUCCCGAAUCCCGGCCGUUCCCGCGGGAGAAGAAGCACAAGAGGAAGCAGCGGCGUGAGAGCUCCUCUCCGCCUCCCGACAGUCCUCGGGACAAGCCUCGGAAGGGGCCUCCGCCGCCGCCGCCUCCUUCUGGAGGCUCGGCUUCGGGAGGCGCGGCGGCCGCAAGGAGCAAGCUGGUGGCAGAGAUGUGGGAGGCCACCCUGCGGCAGCUCCUGCGCUGA